CAGGUGUGCCUUAGGCUGGCUACAAUAAAAGGCCACUCUUAAAAAGAGUCGAGGUUAUUAUUAUUUUUUUUUUAAUCGAUGUUUUAAUGUUUUUUUGGUAGUUAUUAUAAGUAUGCUCCGCCUAACUUUGAAUUGUAAGAUUUCCGACAGUACUUAAAAGCAACGUGCUUUUGCAGUUAAACAAUUAUCCAACGACCGCUUUCUUCAAGACUGACUUGUUGAUCAUACAAAAAGUGAUGUACUUAGCUAGGUAAACACAAAGCGCUGUAUUUGUUAAGCACAAUAGAAUCAUGAUAAAGUUAGACUAAAAUGACGGACGAGCCGGCAGUUACCUUUUGAACUUGUGGGCGUGAACUUGUGAGACUGCGGAUGAUUUUGAACGCGGCGACACUGAACACAUCUCGGCAGUUUGGCUCAUUUUGGAUAGUUAAAAUUAACGCUGCAGUGUGACGCUACCAGGAUGGCAGACAGCGAGUCCAUUGAAAAAAUGUUGCGGUCUGUCCUUAUGUCCAGCAAGACUGGCGUGUCUAUAAGCACCCUCCAGUCAGACUACAGGUCACUGUGCGGAGAGAGCAUCCCGCUGAAGAAGCUGGGUUACUCAAAACUGGAGGACUACCUUGCGAGAAUCCCUUCUGUAGUCCGUCUGGAGUACCGCAUGGGUGAGGUGAAAUGCUUUGCUGCAGUGUCUCAGGAGACAGCCCACAUUGCCGAGCUGGUGGCCAAGCAGAAAAACUCUAAGAAAUCUGGUCGCUCCCAAUUUGUUAACUGCAAAAUGAGAUUCAAACCUUCCAACCCAUACAUGCCCAACGUGAGGCCAAGGUCCUCUCUCUGGCAACCCUCAGCUGGCGGUACCUCUAACUGGCCAGCAAACCGCCCUCAGUCCCACGGUGGGUACAGAGGCUUUGGUUCUGCAGGAGACUACAGGCAGAUGUACCAGAGGUUCAGCUCUGUCACCCCUGUCCAACACAGACAACCAUCUACUCCUCAACCGGCUCCUCGACCAGCUGCAAAACAGGGUUUCAUGCCCGCCAGGAGAGAGAAGAGUAUGGCAGAGUUUUGCCUGCUACUGAUGUUUUUCCUGUAUAAGAUGCAGAGGAGAAGUCUGAACUCCUGAGAAAAGAAUAACCAAGAUGGACAGUUUGACUGUCAAAGAGGAAAGCUGCUGAGCUGCACAGGAGAUGAUGUCACCGCUGACCAAUCAGGAUGUGAUCAUCUGUGCAAAUACAUUUCCUAAACCUUUGUCAUUACAAUGAGUAAUAAACAUCAAUCAGUACUAAACAA